AAUGUGCUUCUGACUAGCUGCAGGCGGUGCGUGACCGGCGCCCCGCCUCUUUAGAGUCAGGGAUGCAAAUAGUACCUGAGCAGGUAUCAUUUUACACCUGAUCCUUCAGGCAAAGAGGAGCAGUCAUCAGAUCACAGUAGCUCUUUUACAAUGAAAGCCAGACAACAAGCUUUGUCAGCUGAGACGCAUCGACCAUAACAUUCAAUAGGACCAGUCAACCGAUAUACGCCACCACCACUGACACACAGCUAUGCCCAUUGCGGACCUUUUGGGAGUCCAGUUCGACAUGCAGCUGCUGUUGAAACUGAGUCUCUCCGUGGCUGGCGUGCUGCUGGUUUCGUGGGCCUUCAAGUUUUACAGCUCCAGGGAUGCAAAGAAAACUCCGCUCUCUGUUAAGGACAACAAAGAGGCAGGAAAGGCUAAAUGCCAAAACUGCAAGACGACGCUACGUUGUCAAAGCUUACCAAGCGGUGAAACGGACGAUGGGGGUAAGCGAUCCAAACCUUCCCACAAAGAUCACCUGAUGCCCGGCAGCACCAAAGAAACGACAACAGAAGCUCAUCUAUGCCAAGCUGAACAGAGUGAGGAUGCAUUUAGUUUGUCAAAUAGCGACCAAAAUAUCAGCAUGAAAGAGGAGCUACUUGCUCUUCAAAAGCAGGCAGAGGAUGCCACCAGAAAUAUUUCAUUUGGCUCUGCUUUGAACCUUCCUCAUCCAACAGAGAGUGGGAUGGCCAGUACAACGGGACGCCGCUCUCCUUGCUUUCUGCAGAAGCUGGAGGGCAGUGUGGGUGUGAGCAGGGAGUUGAGGCAGGACUUGGAGCGCCAGGGGGCCUACUCCAGCUUCCUCUCCAAGGCAGAGAUCAAAGUGGAGGAUGCUAACGUUGUGCUGGAAGGAAAAAAAGACCGGGUUGUGCGCGGAAAGAUAUAUGAUUACUAUGUCGAGUCGUCCUCUCACUCUAUUACUGACUCAAAUACAGCGCCGGGUCAGUUUGAGAGGAGCUCUGAAUCACAGCCAGUGGAGUUUAGAAGUUGUAGCACAGAUUCUCCCUCCUCCCUGAGCCCCAUUAUUAUGCGUGAUCUGGUUCUACCACAAAGCACUGCUGACGAUCCUUCCUCUCUGCGAAGUCCCGAGCUGAGGCACCCUGCAAGGCCUCCACUCCUACGCAAGGAGAGCUAUCUGUCUGCAGCUGAGCAGUCUGAACUUCCCAUCCCCUCUCUGGCAUCAAGCACCUCAACUCGAAUGACUCACUCGCUGACCUCAGCCAGCGAUGAGUCCAUCACUGUUUACCACAUGAUCUUUUCCUCUGCAGAGAGCAGUGUGAGUGAGGCAGCCGAUCCAGAGACAGUAGCAGGGGCUCCAUUUUUACACCUUCCAGCACUUGACGCUGCAGAUUUGGAAAGCCUAAAGAGUAAACUUGAUCUGGGUAACUGUUUGGAGACUCUGUGCCUGGCAAAGAAACACGGCGAGGCGUCUGUGCAGCGAGCAGCCCUGGGAGUCAUGUCAGACAACUACCUCCAAGUGCUCAUGGACCCCAACCUUUACGGGCGGCUAAUGGCUGAUGAGCGGGAGCAAAUCAGGAAGCAGAGAAUGAGAGGAAGGAGGUUUGUAAUGGUGGCAGAUAUGGAUCCUCAAGACUGGGCACAAAACACAGGAGGGCAGACGGCGGAAACAGAGCAGAGGAGGACAUCCAGUGCAGUGUACUAUUAUGAUGACUACAAAGACGCCUGGCACACACUCUGCCCGAUCCCUCAGGAGGUCAUCUCUAAAGCUUGUGCCAUGUGCACAAUGGAUAACUACUUAUAUGUGGCAGUGGGCUGCCAAGGCACAGACAGAGAAAUGACACCCUCAAAGCGAGUGUUUUGCUACAAUCCUUUGACAUCAAUUUGGAAAGAGAUCAGCCCUAUGAAUGUAGCCAGGCCCCGCUGCAAACUGGCAGCUCUGGAGGGCUACAUUUACGCCAUCGGAGGGGAGUGCCUCUCCUCGGUGGAACGCUAUGACCCACGAUUGGACAGAUGGACAUUUGUGGCCCCGCUGCCAAAUGAUACAUUUGCUGUAGCUCAUCACGUCACAGUGUGCAACGGGGAGCUCUUUGUUUCUGGGGGAACUCUGAGGUAUAUGCUUCUGCGCUACAGCCCCAAAACCAACACCUGGAAGCCAGGUCUGUUAGCAGCAGGCAAAGACAAAACAGCAGAUAUGGUGGCAGUGGGGAGAUUUUUGUACCGGUUUGAAGUUCACCCUCUGCUGGGUCUCAACGUGCAUCGCUACCAUACGGUGGCUCGACUGUGGUACAAGUGCAGCUCCAAACGUAUUCUGCAUUGCCCUGUUUUCCAUUGUACCACGAUGGACAACACAAUCUACUGCGUCAGCCACCAGUUCACCAUGAGGUUUGGGGCUGAUGAGAUCUCUCCGGGUUUCACAGAUGACAAUUUGAGUGUCCUCUCUGCAGCUAAGGGCAUCCUUUUCCCCUUUGUCCUUUCGCUCCCUGAUAAGAAGCCUCGGCAAACCAGCGUGUAACGAGGACUCAGUUCUCCAUCGAUGAUAAGAUUAGGUGGUGACGGAGUAUUCCUACAAGAGGACACUUUGCAUCAAGUUUCUUGGAGUGGAUUUCGCUUCUCUUGGAUUUACUUUCAACCUACGCAAUGUUAUUGCAAAAUUUCAACCACUAUGUUGUCAUUUCUUUGAGCUUUUACAAAGAUAACCUUUCCACAAAGAGACAAGGCUUGUGUUUCUUGUAUAGCUUCUUUUUAUUUUUUUUGGAUCAGGGAAUUGCACAAAGAAAUGUGUGUUUUUAAUGCCUCACUCCCUGGCAGUAGAUGUAAAAUAUUAGACUCUUAAACUACUGUUUGCUUAGAUUUACGCAGGCUAUGCUGCCAUAUAAAUUGUAGCUUCUUUGAUUUGCCACUCCUUCCUGCCAUUAAACUACUUUUAUUUCAUUCCAGAUGCUUAACCUCUUUUGCUGUUAAGAUAAUUCAAAGUAAGUCUCAGAGUAAAUGAGUUCAUUCAACUCUAACAUAUUACAGAGAAUGGGCAAUGUAGUCAUAAUCUAUCACAGUGCUGCACUAUAGACUGCAUAAUAUAACUUACACAGUGGUCUGGAUACAAUGCAAUUAUCUACACUGGCUCUUUAAGUAUGACAGGGUGUAAAUGGGUUUGUCAUACAGGAUGAAUAGGAGAGCUUCUAAAAGCAUCUUCCAAAAGAUUUGCACCUGCAGUUAUUUUUUUUACUGAUGUAAGUCACCCUGCUGGUAGACAGAAAUACAUAUAUUUGUUUAAAUCUUGUUUUUACUGUACCAACUUAACCUAUUUGCUGUGUUAUGCAUUGUUUUAUAAACAUUAGAUAAAUAUAUGAA